AUGUCGUCGCAUCUCGAGCCACCCACAGUCACAAUGAGACCGCCGCCCUCCCAGACCCCAGACUUGCCUGUGUCGCCACCUCCCUCCCGGCUCGGACGCGCGGUAUCGCCAGAUAUUUGCCCUCGGGACGAAUCAGGAGAGAGGAAGGAGGAGAUGGACAGUGCGAGGAGGACAAGGACAGCGUCGGAGGAUGCGGGGGAGCGCUGCACGUCGGAGGACCGCGACGGCGAGGGACGGCUGCGGCAGAGGAAGCGGGAGCGGACGAAGCAGCCGCGCUGGCGGAAGUUCGCGGCGGACUGGAAGCUGUGGAUGUCCCUGGAGAACUCGGGGAGCGUCGCGCGCGACCACCUCGCGUCCGAGCGGACGUUCCUCGCGUACGCCCGCACGAGUCUUACGAUCGCGUCUACGGGAGUCGCAUUGGUGCAGCUCUUUACGCUGUCGGCGGCGACGACGGACAAGAACCUGGAACGCUUCGCGCGGCCGUUGGGAGCGGUGAUGAUCAUCCUCGGACUGUACACUCUGGUCGUCGGGGUCAUCCGCUACUUCAUGGUGCAGGACGCGCUCAUCCGUGGGGUAUAUCCCGUCGCGCGCAUAAGCGCAGGUCUGCUGUCGUUCAUGAUGCUCGCGCUCGUGAUCGUGGUAUUCGUCAUUAUCCUCAUCGCGACUCCGAGGUGA